UUCAAGAGGAGUACUAAUGCUAAUGAGAAACUCAUAACUUACCAACAAAAUAACACUGGCAGGCAAGCACUCAAGUUGAUUCUCGAUGUACCAACUCUUUGGAACUCGACUUAUGACAUGUUAGAAUGAUUUGCACUACUGGAGGAAUCACUUAAAGCUACAAUAGCAUUAAUUGAUAAAGAUCUUCCCGUUUUGUCUUUUGAAGACUGGAAGAUAAUCCGGGAAUUGAUACAAGUCCUCAAACCAUUCCAGUCAGUCACAAAAACAAUGAGUGGAGAAAAGUAUGCCACAGCAUCUCUAAUCAUCCCACUUGCAAUUGGCCUGAAGAAUGUUUGCAACAUUCUGCUGAAAAAAUCAUUUUGCAAGGAGGUGCAGCAUGUGAUAGAGUGCUACCUUAGAUCAAUACAAGAACGCUUUGGAAGCCUGGAACAAAGCACAACAUUGAUGGUCUGCACAUUUAUUGAUCCUCGCUUUAAGAUGCUGGCAUUCUCUGAUAAACAAAUUUCAGAAAAUGCCAAGCAGAAAGUGAUUGCACUGGUUGCAUCAAAAGUCAACCAUAAUGUUGAUACCACACCACAUUCACCAAUGGUCACUACAGAUGCAGAUGAAUUGUGCGUGUGGAAUUAUACUGACGUAACAGUUGCAAGAAAUACACCAAGAAUAGGUACAGCAACAUCAAGAGCCAUUGUAGAGGUAAAUUGUUACCUUGAAGAAGCAUUUCUUCCAAGGAACGAAGAUCCUUUGCAAUGGUGGAAAGCGCAUCAAUUCAAUUAUCCACACCUCAGCAUGGUUGUCCGUGAAAUAUUUUGUGCAUUAGGUUCUGUGACAGUCUCAUUCUUCAGACACAUAAUCAACAUGCAUUUAAGAAAGGAAUAUGGCGCUAAAUUAAUGAAGUAA